AUGAAUAAUAGCGAUGCGGGGAGUACGAUGGAACAAUUUGCAAAGAUGCCCGUGCACGUGGGCUUUCUGAUCAAGAUGGCGGCCCAGCUGCUGUCGCAUCCAAUGGAGCUGGUUCGGGUGAAUAUCCAGGCAAAUGUGAUCCAUCAUAAUCGGCUGACCGUAAUGCAUAUGAUCCGGCUUAUGGCCAGGAAUGGAUUGCCCGGGUUUUAUUACGGAAUUGUGGCCUCCGGCCUGCGUUGCACAGUACACACACUGUCCUCUUAUUUACUUUUCUACAAUCUGCGCGACAACGAGUAUGUGAUGAUGAUAAGACCAUACAACACAAGCGCGGUCCUGGGCGUGACAGGAUUUUGGGGCGGCCUUCUGGCAACACCAUUCGCCAAAUUGGCGGUCAUUCGGCAGGCGGAUCUUACACGCGGACCCUUUCAAAGGCGCAAUUACCGGAAUUUCCUCAGCGGCCUGAAGUGCAUGUACAGGAAGGGCGGAUUUAUAUACUUGUUUAACGGAUGGAGGAUAAACUGUUUUACGAGCACAUCAGUGGCAAUGCUGUAUAAACCCGUGAGCGAGCAAGUCCAUACCCUGAUUUCUCGGUUUCACGGACUGGACGAGGCCUGGUCUAACGAUCUUAUUACUAUGGCGCUAACGGGUGGGAUUAUCACACUGAUUAUGACUCCUGUGGAUGGGUUAGCCACCGUAACAUUGAACGAAUCCUCCAACUACGGUCGUCAGUCAUACAGGGACGUAUGCCAAAAAAUAAUACGUAAACAUGGUUACAAAGGUUUUAUCUUUGGAUGGAAACCGGCGCUUAUGGCUCUUGUACCACACACCAUAUUGGCAACAUUUGUAUAUCGUAUAUUAGUUGAUCGGUACAUAGUAUAAAUUUGUCAUAUUUAUUCAAAAA